UCUCUCUCCUUUGGAUCUCUUUAUAGCACUAAAAUAUACAGAGGUGUUAAGUUCUUCAAAAACAGAGAGAUCUGUUGGGGUCUGACUCUAUCUAUCUCUCUUUGUGUUUCUCUGUUUUCAGAGUUUCAGACGUUUCAUCUCUAAGGAGAACUCAACGAGAUUGAAGACACUGUAAGGCAGUCUGUAUUUUCGCUUUCACUGAAAUCAUGGGUGUAGAUGUGGAAUCUAAGUUGGCUCAUGUAUCGGUUGAAGCUGGAAGUGAGAAUGGUGGUUUGAAGGAAAAUGGUACUGUUCCUAAUGAGCCCAUAAAAUUUGGUUCCCAUGGCACUGAGGAGCCAGUGAAGGAGGACGUGAAAAAAGCCCCUGCAAUCAACCUUCCAAAGGAUGCAGUGGUUGAGGAUUGGCCUGCACCCCAGCAGAUUCAUUCAUUCUAUUUGGUUAAAUAUAGGACAUUUGAGGAUCAGAAGCUGAAGGCCAAAUUGGAACAGGCUGAAAAGGAAUUACAAAAGAAGAACCAAGCACGAAGCCAGAUGAUUGACAACUUGAGAGCAAAAAGGGCAGCUCGCUCAGAGUUAAUUAAUGAAAGGAAGUCUCUAAGUGCUGAAAGACAGCAGUUCAGGUCACAGAUAGAUGAGAAAAGAAAAGUGAUGGAACCUUUGCAGCAAGCUUUAGGCAAGUUGCGUGGCAAUAACGCUUUUGGUCGAGACCGAGGUUCUAUCAUUUUUUCUUCUGAAGCAGAGCUCAAUGAUUACAUUAAAAGUCUGCAAUAUCGUAUUCAACAUGAAAGCAUUACCCUGAAUGAAGAGAAGCAAAUUCUUAGAGAAAUUAAACAAAUUGAAGGAACGAGGGAUAAAGUUAUUGCUAAUGCUGCUGAGCGGGCAAAGAUUCAGGAAUCAUUGGGUGAAAAAGAGUCCAUUCAAAGCCAGGUCAAGCUUAUAGGCGUUGACCUGGAUGGUGUUCGAAAGGAGCAACAAGUUCUUAGUGCCAAACUUAAGGAAAUUGAUGAUGAGCUUGAUGCUAUGAAGAAAGAGAUCGGUACAUUGGAGGAGGAAUUGACUGCACUAACUCAGCAACGGGACAAAACUUUUCAAAGCAUUCAGGAAUUCAGAAAACAACGUGAAGAAGGGAAUUCUUCUUUCUUCCAGUCUCGUAAACUCAACCUUGAAGCCAGACAACUUGCUGAUAAGAAGGAUGUUGCUGCCCUAAGAGAGCUUUCUGAAACCGAGGUGGAUAAAUUUGUGGCCCAAUGGAGCAGCAACAAGUCGUUCAGGGAUGACUAUGAGAAGAGAAUUUUACAAUCGCUUGAUAUGAGGCAGUUGAGUAAGGAUGGUAGGAUGAGAAACCCUGAUGAGAAGCCGCUUGUAUUGCCAGAGACGCCCAACGUGCCUGCACCCGAAGUGGUGGUGAAAACAACUCAGAAAGCGUUGAAGGAAGAUUCUGCUCCUCCUCCGCAACCUGAUGCUUCCCUGGCCUCGAAAGCUCAGAAAGACAAGAAUAGCAAGCAGCAGAAAGACGGGAAGAAGAAACUCUCGAAGAGUUCCUUGGAGGUAAACGACCUUGAUGACGAUGAGGAAAUACCGGGGGUAACAAAUCUGCCGAAGGAUUCGACUCCUAAGAGGGUCGUAGUUGAUGAAGAAACGUUGAAGCAGAUGAGGAGAGAGGAAGAGAUUGCUAAAAAUAAGCAGGCAAUAGAGCGGAAGAAGAAGUUGGCGGAGAAAGCGGCUGUUAAAGCAGCACUAAAAGCUCAGAAGGAAGCCGAAAAGAAGCUCAAGGACCGAGAGAGGAAAGCCAAAAAGAAGGCUGGAGUUGCUGUCACCGAUGAACCCACCGAGGACCCAUCCGAGAAAACUAGCGAGGACGCUGAACCAGAGAAGCCCGAGGAGAACGUCGAGGCGGCUGAUGAGCCAAUGAAGCCAACCACCAAGGACCGGAAAGUGGGCCCGCUCAGGCUGAGACCACGCGUCGGUGCAAAAGGAUCCGACAUCCACAAAGUCAUACUCAAGCGCAAGAAGAGCACAAACUAUUGGAUAUGGGCCGCUCCGGCUGCUGCUGUGGUAAUCCUGCUACUCCUAGCGGUAGGUUACAAGUUUUACGCCUAGUAGUCUUCUUCUAAUGUCACCGCGAAAGAGGGAAAAGACUUGUGUUUGUGGUGAGAUGGUGUCAGGAUUUCUGCGUUUAGUAGUCUCGCGAGUUUACUUGUUCUUUGCAUCCUAUGCUAGGGAUGGUUGCUAGACUCCAUAAUUUUGGUCAUAGAUCAGGCUGUCUUUAAUGUUUGUUUGAACAUUUUACUCAGAGACCAAGAGCUAUACUCAUUUCAUUUGCUUGUUUUAGCUUUGAAUUUUGACACCUUUAUUAAUGUUCUUCGGAUUAUCGUUUUUGACAUUUUACUCAGAGCAGAAGAAGCUACUACUAUGUUUAUCUGUGUAAUGCUUAUUGUAAUUGAAAUAAAUCAUUAAGAGCUUACCAGACUUUAUACAAA